CAGAGAUGGAUUCAAGAAGUGGUAUUUAUACUGGUAUUAACAGAAUACCCAUCAGUGCAACAGCUCAAUUUGGAUACUCAGUGGGCCACAUUCUGAACGAUCUCUGCUCAUCAUGCUGGUUUACCUACCUUAUAAUCUAUCUAACAGAAGUUCUACAGAAAUCUAAAGAUGUUGCUGGGAUCCUGAUGCUUGUUGGUCAGGUAGCAGACGGUUUAGCCACACCAUUGGUUGGUAUUGCAAUAGAUAAGGUAGGUAUUCAGAGGUACGGGAAACGUAAGACUUGGCAUCUUAUCGGAACAGCGUGUGUAGCUAUCGCUUUCUCUUUCAUCUUCCACAAAUGCUUUGGUUGUGAAGAUUCAUCAGAACUUGUACAGCAAGUUUAUUACGGAGCGUUUAUAGUGAUGUUCCAGUUUGGUUGGGCGAGUACACAAAUAUCCCACUUAUCACUAAUUCCUGUACUGACUGUAUGCAGGAAGAAAAUAGUCUUUCUCAAUUCUGUGAGAUCGGGCCUAACGUUUGUGUGUGGAAUAGCAGUGUAUCUCUUGAUGUGGUAUUUACUGCACGCUUACGGAUCCAACAUGGAACCCCUUGGUCCUGGAGACGCCAGAGCUUUUCAGUAUCUAAGUUUGAUAGUUAUCGGGACGGGUUUGCUAUUUUCCCUUCUGUUUCACGUGAUGGUCCGUGAGUCUUCAGAUGAGGAACUGCGGUCACAAGAGGAAGAGGGAGCUGACCUCCUGGGACCAAAACCUACCCAACGUACCAUUAGAUGCUGGCUAAAUAACAAGAAGUUUUACUUGGUUGGAAUAAUGUACAUGUUUACUCGGAUAGCAGUAAAUGUCCCUCAAGUCUACCUCCCUCUUUAUCUCACCUCAUCAUUAUCUCUGAAGAAAGAAAGUAUAGCCUACUACCCCCUCAUGAUGCUGAUAUGUAGUGUGAUUGGUAGUUUCCUUACUCGCCCCCUUUCCAAGUACAUUGGGAAGAAGGGUACUUACAUUAUUGGAGCUGUUCUCAUCAUGGGCAGUUCGUUCUGGUUCCAGUUCCAGCCGAAAGCUAAUGCGUGUCCAACAUACGGAGCAACAGCGCUGAUUGGUGCAGGAAGUAGUAUUAUGUUGAUCAUGUCUCUCAGCAUGACUGCUGAUCUUAUUGGAAUUAAUACGGCCACUGGCGCGUUUGUCUACGGUUCAAUGUCUCUGCUUGAUAAAAUAUCUAACGGUAUUGUAAUAGCUAUGGUACAGCAUUUCCAUCCUGACCAUUGUACACCAGUGGAUUGUCCAACUGCUCAAUAUUACAGAGACACGAUGUCACUAAUACCAGGGGGUGCUGCACUACUUGGCUCUAUUGCUACUUUAGUGCUAGCUGCCAUGACAUUCUCAAGACCCGGUUCUCAACCAGACCAAAGACAAAUUCAGAGAGUUGAAGAACAGGGAGGUAAUAACGAUAAUGUUAUAUCUAACGCAGCUAGGGAGGUAGAGGAGGGUGGAGGUAUAGAACCUAGUAAAGAAGAUUAAGAGAAAAGGAGAAGAGAGAGAAGAGAGAGAAGAGGCCGCCACCGCGCCGGGAAUAACUUUUCAACUGUCUCGAUCAAAACAGUUUUAAUUUGUAUAUAUACGAUUGAUUUAUCAUUUAUAGGGACUGAUUAUUUAAUGUUGUUUUUCAAUGUUCAUUUGAUUAAGUCACCUAAUCGCAAAGAACACAACAGUUUCUCGUUUUUACAGACAGCUUAUUAUAUACAGCUGUAUAUCAUAUCAGUUUUCUGGCAGCAAAAAUAACCUCGAUAGCAAUGCCAAUAGUUUGGUUAAUAUUUGUUAAAAACAACGCAAGUUUUAUAGUGGUUGGGUUAAUUAUCUUUUCCGUUCCAACGUUUUGCUGCUAAACUCCAAAGAUUU